GGGUGGGUGGUGGUGGGAGAGGUGUAGGAGGAGGAGAAUUAGAGGAAGAAGAGAUUCACGCGUGUAUAUAUAGAACAGCCCCUCACCCCUCAGUGAGGGCCGAGGAUGCCGAAGGCGAGGGACCGCAAACUAUUCUUGGAGAACCUUAGAACGUGCGGAGUAACUACCUUCGAUGUCUUCUCUUUCCCGAUUCGGCGUCAGUAAACGUCAGUAAACCGCUGUAAGCCACCGCGAAAAGAUUAACGCUCGAAACUUUCAGAGAAGAAAAAAAGACUCGUAUCGUCGUAUUUGAAAACUGGUCUCCGUUGUCGUCGUCGUCGGAAAGGAGAAGAUUCCGAUAGUAAACGGGAGUGUGUAUAAGAUAGAACCGAGGUAGUGGAAGAAGAGGGUAAGGGAGGAGACGUGGGUCACAAUUCCAGCGAGGUCCAGGAUUACUCGACAGAUUGCGCGCGCACACACAACUCUGAGUUUAUUCAGCUGAUCCGCGAAACACCGUCGGUAUAUUCCUCGGAGAACUGACGUUCCUACUACACAUUGAACGAGCGGUUCUUCGAUACACACUACUUAACAAGGUGCCCGGUUACCACCACCAUCACCAUCACCAUCACCACCACCACUACCACCAUCAGCAACAGAGAGCCGGCCGAUAAAAUGAAUCAGAAUGAUAAGUCAGUCAAGUGCGAGAACUCCGAGGAGGAAGAGUGCGAGAUGGUUGAACGUGAAUUGGCUGAGGAUGCACAGUGGAAGCGUAUACAACAGAACACCUUUACGAGAUGGGCAAACGAACAUCUCAAGGCCAUCAACAAGAACAUAGACGACCUCGAAUGCGAUCUUUCGGACGGUCUCAAAUUGGUCGGGCUUAUCGAGGUGCUAUCCCAAAAACGAUUACCCAAACAUAAUCAAAGACCUACCUUUCGAUCCCAGAAAUUGGAAAAUGUCUCAGUCGCUUUAAAAUUUUUGGAGGAUGAGGGUAUACGUAUCGUCAGUAUCGAUUCGACGGACAUCGUUGAUUGCAAGUUGAAAUUGAUAUUAGGAUUAAUAUGGAAAUUGAUUCUACAUUAUUCGAUAUCGAUGAAGAUGUGGGACGAGGAAGAUGGGGACAAUUUCGACAAAGGAGCAACCCCUAAACAAAGACUGAUGCAUUGGGUACAAUCAAAAGUACCCAAUUUACCAAUCACCAAUUUCACUUCCGAUUGGAAUGACGGUAGAGCUGUUGGUGCUCUAGUUGAUGCAGUUGCACCAGGUCUCUGUCCGGAUUGGCAGGAUUGGAAUCCGAAUGAUGCUGUACAAAAUGCAUCCGAGGCUAUGGGUUUGGCUGAUGAUUGGCUCAACAUACCACAGGCUGACGUUAGAUUCAAUAAAGAUAGAAAUCUUACGUAUGCCGUUUCGUAUACGCCAAGAAUCGAAGGUCCUUACAAAGUGAAGAUACUAUUUGCCGGAAGGGAAAUUCCAAAGAGUCCGUAUACGGUCAACGUUGAGGGUCAUGCUGGAGAUGCUAGCAAAGUAACAGCAAGUGGACCGGGUCUUCAACGUGAUGGAGUUGUCUUGAAUAGGCCUACUUAUUUCGACAUAUUCACUAAGGAUGCUGGCCGUGGUGUACCGGAAGUUAUCAUUUUGGAUCCACAAGGGACGAAACUGACAACGCCUAAAUUACGUCAAAUCUUUCCGGAUGUAACAAGGUGUGAGUACAGUUCGCCAGUAACUGGUUUACAUUCCGUUAACAUUUUCUUCGCUGGUAAACCCAUACCCGAAAGCCCGGUUGGGGUAAACGUAGCACCCGUCUCAGAUGCGAAAAAAUGUCGAGCAUAUGGCCGAGGACUUUUACCAACAGGAGUUCGAGUUAACGAUAAUGCUGAUUUUGUACUCGUUACAAAGGAUGCUGGGGAAGGAAUACCGGAGAUUAAAGUUAUUGGUCCGGGUGGUAUUAAUCAAACAGUACAGUAA